AAUUAUAAUUUAGUGUGUAUAUAUAAUCAAAUAUUAUUGAAUAAUUAAAGGAUAAAACCCGGAAAAGGUUUAAGCAAUUCAAUUAUGGCUGAAUUAAAUGACCCAGUUCCACUUCCUCCAGGAUGGGAUUGUAAAUUUGAUCCUCGAACUUCAAGAUACUAUUUUAUUAAUUACUACACCAAAACCACAACUUGGGAAGAUCCACGCUUAAAAAAUCAACAAUUACAAAAUCAUGGAGGACAUAAUCAAAGAGUAAGCAUUGGAGAAUCAAUUCCCUUACAGCACGGAUCUCCUGACCUAAGGCGUAAUCAUGUGUACCCUAGUAAUUCACAUGCAUCUCCUUUAAGAGCGUUUCAAAUGCCUGCUAAUUACAGUCCCAAGACAAUACCUUUGCAGGAUAUGAGUAAAGAAAGUCCUUUAGCGAAUCGGAAUAAAGUAAAAAAUGAACAAGAGUCAUCUUUAACAGCAGAUACAGAACAAUUAGUUACUAAAAUAGGAUCAAUGUUUCCAACUGUGGCAGAAACACAUAUACGAUUAUUAUUAAAAAAGUACUAUAAUCGUGAGGCUGUUGUAAUGAGUGCUUUACAGGUUGAAAAACAUCCGAUAACAACACCAGGGCCGUAUUCGACGCCCCCGCCUCCUAUCAAAAAUUUUUCAGCAAUGGUAACUCGUGGGGGUAGUCCAAUACAACGCCCUGGAUCUGGUGGCAGUGGAAGUUUUAUAGGUUCACCACGAAUUGGAGACACAUUCAAGCAUUCACCCAGACCCCACUCCUCACCCAAGAUGAAAUUGAGAUAUAUGAAAAGUAUAUUUCCUUCGGUAGAAGAAACAAUAUUGCUAGAUGUUUUAACCAGUAAUGAGAAUAAUGUACAAAAAGCAUCUGAAGCAUUGCUAGAAAUGGGAUAUGAAAAGAAAGAUAUGAAACCACCAAAAUUACAACAAACAAAAUCGGAAGAAGACAAAGCUAAUGCAACCGAUACUUCUAAAGAACCGACACCACCACCCAGAAUGAAAACAUUAGAAGAAAAAGCAAAAAUUAAAGCUCAAUUGCAAGAAGAUUAUCCAAAUAUUCCGGAGCAAGUUAUUAAUUUAGCUCUGGAUAGUGUUAAUUAUCAAAUAAUUCGUGCCAAUCAAAUUUUACAAAUAAUGAUUCAAGAAGAUAAUAAACCUCAAGAAAAUAACAACGAGGAUGAAAUUGAAAAUAAUACUUUAGUUACACCUACCUUAACGAAAGAUGACAAAUUUAUUAGAUCAAGAACUCCUGAACCAUCACCUGAAAAAAAACCUGUCACUGAUUUGAAUAAAAAUUGGCGUAAUAAAAAUAUAAAUGUACCCGCAAAAACUUCUAGAGAGGAAAGUAUUGAGAAUGAUACUCAAGAAUAUAAAUCAAAGUGUAUUAUAACACCACAUGGACCAAAUUUACAACUACAACAAGGUCCUAAUAACGAUUUAUUAUUACCAGAUUAUACCACUUGGAAUGGUGCAAAUCCAAAUUUGGCAAAUGGAAGAAAUUUAUCAUACGCUAAAGGUCCGAAUAAAUUGUUACUUCAAUCAAAGACAUAUCAAGCUAAAGGUCCAAACAAUGAUAUUAGAAAAGGGCCAAUUUUUGGAUUGGCAAAAGGAAGUAUUUAUUCACAAUUAAAAUCAAUAUUGAAUGAAUCACGUGCUAAAUAAAUUUUAGCACGUACUCUCUUUUAUUGAGAAGAAUAAAUAUAAACAUUGAAUUAAUUUAGACAGAUCUCAUAGU